AUGUGGAGAUGGUGGCGUGAUAAGCUGUGGGAGUACAGCAAUGUUCCUGCCAAGAAGUGUUUCCUGAUGAAUCCCAACCUCUCAUUACAGAGACAAGUUAAGACUAGCUUUGGUCUGUUGGCCAUCUUUGGAGUGGUCUCGGUCAUGAUCUUUGCCAUUACCACCACCAUUUAUGCAGGACGAUCGGUACAAGAGCAUGCUCAAAAGAUCAUGCGGGAUCAGGUCCUUAUCAAUAUACGACAAUCGUCCCAUAUGGCCGCCAAAACGCUCUCGGAAGAAUUCGAUCACUUACGAGGCACUACGUCCAUUCUAGCGGAAUUGGUACGAGACCGAAUUGUGGGAUAUCCCAACGAUGGAUGGGAAGAUGAUCUCCAUGUCCCAUUUCCAGUACAACAACAAGACAGCAAUGACAACAACAACAACAACAACACAAACAACCCCAACAAGAGCAAACCAAUACCCACUCAAAUCGCCACUCUUACCCAGAGACUGGAACAUCACUCGAAACCUAAACGCUACAAACCUCCUAGAACAUCUACAGGAACGGGCUUACUGGCGACUACCAGUUCCGUCUUUUCCUUUCAGGGGAACUGUGACCCUUCUGUCUACAGUCCCGCAGACCCGGCCUACUAUCCACGCUGCACGGAUGCCAACAACAAUGCCAGUACAGGAGGAGUCGUCUUUCCCACCACUACAGCCGCUGGACUCGAACAAAAGGCUGCCGAUAUUGGAAUCUUUCUCAAACCACUCUGGGAAUCGCGAUCCGACAUGAUCACCGUAGGAGUUCAUUUGGAGAAUUCGGCCGCCGGUGCCACGGUCCACUUUCCGGCAUUUGUCCAUCGCAACGAACCCGAUGCCUACGAAUCCAUCGGAUGCGAUUGGAUGCACACCAAUGACAAUCCAUUGACGCACAAACCAUUUGCCACACCCGCUCAGACGGCCAAGUGCCAUCCCGCCGGGACCAUGGUCCCCAGACGAGAAUUCAAUCCCAUGGAACAGGCAUGGUGUCGCGACAUGGCGUUGAAUCCCGAAAAGACCGUUUUUGUAGGACCCAUGUUGGAUCCACUCGAUCCGACUGGGUCCAUGGGAUUGACGUCGCCCGACGAACGAGUCUGGUCCCUAUUGUCCGGCCGUGCCGUGUUUGAUCGACGCACACAAGAAUUCAUUGGUUGUGUCUCGUUGGCGACCAGUUUGCAUCAAUGGUCCAGUUUUGUCUCGCGCAAACUCACGGCUCAUAAAAUAUCCAAGGCGGCGUUGGUCCGCGUGUCGGAUGGUACCGUCGUGGCGGCGGAAGCGUGGGAUCAUCAGGCAUCGUCUGAACCGGUACAUGUCGUAGAGGCAGGAGUGGUGCCGGACAUGACCACCUAUCAUCAUGUCAAGCACUAUUUGGACAAGGAGCGACGUAAGCAACAACAGGAUGAUUAUUACAGUCAUAUACAUCGCCACCAUGGACACGAUCAUGACCAUGUCGAACACGAAACCAACAUGACAUUCGUCACCGCCGUUCACGAGUGUCAUCAUGAUCCUGGCAUUAUCGUCGCCAUGUCUCUGAUUCCCGAAACGGACUUUGCCAUUAUUCAGUGCAUCGGGGAGGCUUCCUUUGAAUCCAUUGCCGAUAUUCAUGAUUCCAUACGAGACGAUGUGAUCAAUCUCGUCGUUCUGAUUGUCGUCAUUGGUGUUGCAGGAUUGGCACUGGCUUUGACCGUCAUUGCAUUUGUGUCCAUGGUGCUCACCAAACCGUUGGACUGGAUGCAGGCAGUGGCACGCGAGAUUGUCAACCACAACGAUCACGAUUCUCUGCAACUGGUAGAAGCGGGGCCGUCGGAUGAAGGUGUUACCAUCAUUGAGGCCGCCUUUUUUGACGUUGCCAGAUUCACACCCCGCAGUGAAAUCACCGAAUUGGUAGAAGAAUUCCAGGGUGUGCUCGGUGGAUUUUCCUGCAAGGGAACGGCUUCUCGUGUGGCCAGCAAACCCAUUCGGGAAAUUCGAAACACAGUGACAUGGCAGAGUGAGUUUGAGCAACUGUAUUCGCUUCCUGCUGUUGCGGCUACUACUGCGGCUGCUGCUGUCCCCGAUCGAUCCGAGGGUGCAUCAUCGUCGUCUAUGGAAGGACGAGAAAUUGAUGUCUCCUCCGAGCGUGGCGACGACGAGGAACAUCACCCAACAAGGGUAUCCGCUACGCCCACAAAGGUGACCGAUUAUGUGCCGUUUACGCUGCCGUAUUUGGCCUUGCAAAUGAAAAAAGCUCGAUCAGAUGAAUCCACGGCAUCCAUUUCAACAGACUCGGAUGAAAUUACCGUGCUACCCGAGUUUCCCGACCAUAGUGGAACAAGGAAGAACCGAGGCAGAAACCUGAGUAAUCUUCCACCAUCUUGUACGAAAGAGCUGGAUAAUGUCAAAGGAAACGAGGUGCCCGCGGUUCGUUCCAAGCUUUUCAGGUGGAUGGUGAUAUUGAUCGUGGUGCCCUUGCUGAUAACGAAUUUGAUCAUCGUGACGUUGGUGUCUUGGAAGGUUACAUCGGCGUUAUCGCCAUUCGUCGAGGGUGCAGUCAACGCAUCUUUUGAUAUUGCGGUUAUCGACUUGGAAGUUGAGGCCAAGUUGGCAGCUGCACACACAGAGGCAGUUCUGUCGUCGCCUGUGAGGGACCUGUUUUUGUGGACCAGAAUAUCCAGUUGGUUGCUGUUCGGUGCGAUCGAACGCUCCGAUGGCUUUGUCAAGAUGGUGUCCGGAUCGGAAGAAUGCAAGUCUUACCCCAAUGACGGACAAACUUGUCCUUGGUACGAAGACACGGUAAAUAAUGCGCCGUGCGAUUGCGAGUGGCAGAGCUCUUCGUCGCACGAGUGUUAUCAUUACGACGAAAUAAUUCCUGAUCACGACACGCGACGUCUGCAGAAGCUGUUCUUCACGGCUCAGAUGUAUGAUGCUGACCCCGUUACCGGGAGUCGAGUGACCACCUCCUUCCCAGCGCACAGCACAAGCGCAGAAACAACUGCAUGGUACGAAGACUUAUCGAAGGUCCCAGGAGCCUGGAAGCAAUCAUCGGCCGAAGGGAUCCACACGACCUACGACCGAAUCAGAGUGUCUUCGGCUGCCGCGGUGGUCGGUUUCCCGUUGUACAACUCUUUAUCCGCACUUAUCGACAAGCAAAGCCACGAACACUUCGGGACCUUCAUCUCUUUUGACACGGACGGAACUUCUGUGGGAUGGAGUGGGUGUUCCACACUUUCCCCUAGAGCUGCACAUUUUCAAUCCUCCUCGUUAGUGCCGGCGUUUGAGAUCGACCCAACUAUUUGCCCCGAAGGAAAGUACGGGUUUGACGCCCGCUGUUGGGAAUGGUAUCAACGAGGGAAGGAGCAGUCUUCGAGCCACCAUUCGCUUUACAUCUCGUCACCCUAUCAUUCCCCGACAAUGAAUUCGCUGGUCAGCACAUGGACUCAGUCAAUUGUUGAUCCAAGGACGAAAGAACAUAUUGCUCAGGCGUCGAUGGAUUGGCGGUUGUCCCAUUUGCACCAGAUUGGUUCCGGGAACGAUGACAACCAUGUUGCAUUUUUGGUAUCUCCCCACGCUGACGCGGCAGGAGGAGACACGGUCGCAGGCCCAAACUUUACUCCCGGGAACCAGUCAGCCCCGAUUGCCGAUGUUGUGCUCCCUGAUGAUAUGGAGGACAAGGAAAAGCAAAAGACCUUCAACGACCUUGUUGAGAAAAUGAAGAAGGGAGAAUCAGGUGGGUGCUCGUUUUCCCGCUCUAGGCGAAGCCUUUCCGAUGAUGAUGAUGACGACGACGACGACCUUUUCCAUAUCUACUACGAACCUAUCCGAAUACGAUCAGUGGAACCGCUGGGUGCGGAUAGCUACCAACGAGGUGCGAAUGCUUCCAAGUUCUUGGUUUACUCGGUUGGCGUUGCAAGGACUGCCAGAGCCCUGAGGGAACCGUCAAGGGAAAUGGAAGAACAAGCCAACAGCAGGCUGGAGAACUUGGUGAUCGCAUACAGUUGCUGCGUUGUUGCGGUGUCCCUUGUUGUUUGCUUGUUCGCAGGACAGAUUUCACUCGCCUUGUGCAAACCCAUGCUCAUUUUACUGGGCGUUGUUCGGAGCAUUAAUGGUGGCAGGAUUGAUGAAGAUAUCCCUCCCAUGGAAGGUGGUUCACGAGAAGUGAAUCGAGUGUAUUCCACUUUUGCCAAGCUAUUCAAGAUUGUUCGAGUCUCGAAUAGCGCGUUCUUUUCUGGCAAUCUACGCGUUGCUUACAGCUAUGUUUCCGACGCGUUGCGCCUCUACCAGAAGAUUGGAGACGACAAGGCAUCCGCGAUCGCCAGUAACAACCUUGGAAACAUCCUGCUGGCAAUGUAUGCAGAUGCCAAGACGGAACAGCUUUGUGGAUGUGCUCAAACAAACUCGAUGUGUGCCGUAAGGGAAGCCACAGGAUUGUACAAUGCCGCUAUUGAAAGCGGUGUCAGCGACUUGGAGAAUUCGGAUCUCAAGGUGGAGUUUUCCCAGCAAUUGGCAAACCGGUAUUUCAAUCGAGGCCUCUUCUUCCUGCAUUCCGCAGGGCAAUGGUGUGCCCCAGCAAACGCCGUGGAGCAAGGUCGGGACGAUCUUCGUAAAGCCAGUCAACUAGACAAGGCAAUGAGACAACAUCUGGUAGAACGGGAUUUGGUGCUGGCCAAUGCGUGUACGCUGUUUGAUCAUUGGCUCCGACGUUUGCAUGGAUUGGCGUCGCUUUGGGAUAUCGGGGAACGCCAGCACCUUCGUGACGAGUGGGAUGAAGCUGUAUUGGUGAACGAUUGCCAGCAGCUGUUGGCGGCUGUCUGGCGAGACUCUCGAGGGCACCUAUUUGGUGAUUUGGACCGAAUAGGAAGGUUGCAGCAGCUGGAGAGCGCCGUGAUUCGCCUGGACUUGCAACGGAAGAAUACCCUGGAAGCGGCUCGAUUGGCCAUGAGAAUGCUGGCAGAAGACGAAUUCAUCACCGAAGAGUCCUUCUUGUACGCUGCCAAGGCCUUAUUGGAAUGCAUGGAGCAGCAAAGUCUUCCAUCCGAUUCUUGGUCGAAUCUGACGCGAGAGACUGUUCGACGCGACCUUGCCGCCAUGGUGGGUGCCUGCAAGCACGCGUCAUUGACCAGCAAGAAGAGAUGUCUCGUUUUUUGCGUGCAGCUUGCCGACAAAAGUCCAGCCACCGUGACAAGAGUCUGCGAUUGUCUGCUGGGGUUCCUCGAUUCCGUCUUGCGAUCCGGAGACAUUGUUGGCUGCGUUGCCGGCACCCCGCAAUUGACCACGGAAAACAGUUCUUUGGCCGGUUCUGUUGUGGAAGGAAACGGCAGACGGGGGAGGAACCAGAAGUCCACGUUGGAGACAUCCAUUCUCGCUCUGACGGAAGCAUGCCAAGGGAAACUUCAAACGCCGCAAGAACUUGAAGCAGCGAUCGAGCCCGCAGCGGCUGCUCUGGUGGAAGCCAUUGAAUGCAUUGCGGAUACUCCCGAGAGUCAGAAGCUGGAAACUCACAUUGUGUACGUGACGGACAAGUCGAAGGAUCUGCCCACCGUGGAGCGCGCCGUGGUGGAUUGGAAGGACCAGCGAGACGCUCCCUGCCACAUUCAUUGGUUGGAGCUGACGACGGAAUGGGACGACGCUGAGAACAUGACUCCCAAUGUGACUCGACGUGUUCGUGAUUGCACUCACGUGACGACAUCCUUGACGAGGUUGGUGAGUGCUCUGGAGCAGGUCUCGUCGAGCAUCUCUCUCAGUGUGUCCUUGAGCAAUGAAGGAGAGAUCCUCUCGGGGCUCACCAUGGAAAAGUUCUAG